AUGGUAAGCAGCAAGGAGAUGUUACCGAUUACUGAGCUGCCACGUCGUGUUCAUCAUUUCACUGAUCCUUUAUCCAGAAAGAAAGUGUUUGCCGAUGUACAGCCAGACAAAGCACGUGAUUACAGUCGACGGUGCUGUGAAUGGUCUCUUAGUGGCCUAUGUGAUCGUCAUUGGCGGCGGAUUCGAAGUAUAUGCCCAAAAAGUUGUGGUUCAUUAGUAUGCGAUGAUAUUGAAGGCAUGAAGUCGUGCACACGAAUUGUAGACGUAGAUGUUGAGGAUUGCUUCCAAUCGUCCCGUUUGAGCAGGUGA